AUGGACGUGGUGCACAGUCUGCCGUCGCAAGUGCGAACCCCGAAAGGGAUCCACGAUGAAUCGGCUGAAGCAGGUGAGUUUGGCCAGCAGUCACUCUCGCAGAACGAUAUGCAAUGUGCCGACGUCUCCAAAAUAGCAUGCCUCCGUGAAAUCCCCUCGGAUCUGCUCACGUCGCUCGAGGAAUUGGACAACACGUUCACCGUCGACGUGGCCACGCUGAGGAAAAUCACCGAUCACCUCGUAGCGGAGCUAGAGAAAGGUUUGAUGGUGUCUCCCUAUCGCCUGCGCAGAGAAAGCAAUAACUAA